AUAAUUAAUAGAAGAAGAAAUUUUAGACCAAUAAUUGUAAAUUUCAAAUCGUGGAAACUCUAAGAAGAACUUUAAUUUUUAAUUUAGCUAACUCUUAUGACCUUUAGGCUAGGGAAGGUCAUAUCAGUUUAUAUAAUUUUGUUUUGUUUUUACUGGACGGCUGUCUGGCCGUUGGUCAUUAUGCGUUCAUUGUCCUUGUUUAUACCAAAGUGUUCUAAUAGUGGUUGCCGACGCGCCACAAACAUUUAUUUCCUUGCUAUUUAUAGAAUUUAGAUCAAUAAUGUUUUGAUUGUACAUACCUACUUUGCAACAUGAAUUAAUAUCAUUAUACAUUAUUUUAAUCAUGUAAAUAAAAAGUGUGUUUACAAGUUUAUUUUGAAAUUUUGUUUAUAUUUACUGUUUUUUUUUUUUAAUUAAAUAUUUAAAUAUGUUGUAAAACCCACAAAGUGGUGAGCAGGUGUAAUUUUGGAAUAUGUUCAGAUAGUGUAGAAUAUUUAAAACAAAAUGAGUAAGCUCUGCAGACAAGUGUCUAUUGAAUCCCCUGGGGCUACCCUCAAUGAAUGUGUAUUCAGUUUUGAAGUACCUGUGCCCGAUGUCCCACCUUAUGGUGCAAGAAUCAGAGUUGUAUAUGCUGGUGCCUGCUAUAGAGUGGUUCGAACUCGGUCUGCAUCAGUCUGCAGCACUUCCUCGAUUUCAUCGAUAGGAAGUCUGACAGGAGAGAUGGAAGGCUUCUCCAUGCAUUCCUCAACUCCAGCGCAUGUUGGUCUACGAGAUGGUGCAUUGUUCCCUGGUUAUGAGGUUGCUGGUAUCGUAGAUGCUAUAGGGGGAGCAGCAGAAUGUACAGAUGGUAUAACUAUUGGGACUAGAAUAGUCUUGUAUCCCUAUGAAGGUGUACCUCAUGGAUAUGCUGAUUUUAUUGUAGUGCCAGAUUUCAAAUGCUUGGUACCAGUCCCAGCAGUUCUGCCUUUGAGUGUUGCAGCCAUGCUGCCGACUGGAGCUUUGCUAGCCACCAACACAGUCUAUACAGCAAUUGAAUGCCUCAAUACUAUAUUGGAGGGAUCAACCAAAAAGGAUAAAGCCACAAUGCUGAUUGUCGGGACAGGUGGACUAGCACUUUGGGCGCUUCGCAUUGCUACACACUAUUUUCGACGUCUUCCAUACCAUGAUCGUAUUCACAUCUCAGUUGCUUCUCUAAAAGACGAAGGCUUUGUACUUGCCAAAGAGAAUGAAGAGAUCAAAGUAGUGCAAUGGUCCGAAGACCUUUACGAGCGACAACUGAUAGAGCGCACGAUAGACGCCUGCGGUGGUCCCGUCGAUGUGGUCCUCAACUUUGGUACAACCUCACGGUCGCUGCAUCGCUCUCUGCAAUGCCUCGCUCCAGGUGGCAUGGUGCUUGUAACUGAGAGCACGGGAGAGAAGUUGCUGCCAAAAUUUGCAAAGAAAGCUGAAGAUUUGAAUGUCAACAUAGUGGUAGUUCCCAAUGGAACUAUUGAACAGCUCAAGGAAUUAGUGGAGCUAGUAUCAAAUGGAGAUAUCGAACCUCCACCUCAUUCGGUAUUCCCCGCUGAAGAAGCUCAGGAAGUGGUGAGAAAGCUUUGCAAUUCUGAAAUAAAUGGACGUGCCAUAUUAAAAUUUCACAAUAUCGAUUGAAUAAGAAUGGUCUCAUAAAUACACGUUAUUACCAAAAAUUAUAAUUAAGUUCUUGUAUAUCUAUAUUCAUAUUAAAGCGUAGCUGAGACUCGAUUUUCUGGAACUUGGUUAUUCAAAUUCUUGACUAUCUAUUGAUCCCAAGUAGAAAUAAUUCAUAUUAACGAGAAAAUGCCUAGUAUGUUGGUUGGUUUCAUUUAUUAUGGUUUUUCGUAUGCUUUCUAACAUAUUACGUUCAAUUGUUAUUCGAAACAUUUCAGUUAAUCGAGUUUUGGCAGUAUAUAAUCUUGCACUAUAUUUUUAUCCGAAGGAAUGUAACUUUUUUUAUAAUUAUAUGAUUCCUGUAAACUAUAAAAUUAUAAAAUGUACAUGUAGAGUUAUAUAUAUUUUAGAAGUACUUAUUUAGAUAAAACAUACUUCAUCACAUUUUUUUAGGAUUUUUAUAGUUUAGUUGAAUAUUACAGAAUUUAAUGAAUAUUUUUUUUUUAAUAAAUAAUAAUAAAAUUAUAAACAAUAGUCGAGUAGAUCUGAUUUACUAGCUGAACAAGUCAUAAGUCAAUAGUGUUUGCACAUUAACAGUGAACACAGACAUUUUCUAGUUCUCACUGUGAUUCGUAAGCGGUCAAUUACAAUGGCUGUGUUAUUUUACACAUACGUUCUUUAUUACAAAAAAAGAAUUAGACGAUUUGUACUAAACCACAAAGAAUAUGUAUUUGAUUUAAGAGUAACAUUUAUAAUUAUACUAGUAGGUUAUUAGUGUGGAUGGAAUGGAAUUUUUUCAUUUUAAUCUUUGUUGUUAAUAUCAUUUGCCAUUAACAUUUAAUAAAUGUUGUUUAUAGAAUUCAUAACAUAAUAUAGAGUGGAAAAAUUUAAUUGUUCCAUCUCAUACGAAAUCUGUCAUAUUACGUAACUCAUAGUUACUGUGUAGGAGUAUUUGUCCAGAGCUAGAUCACCAAGUUUCUAUAGAGUGGAAAAAUAUAAUUGUUCCAUCUCAUACCGAAUCCGUCAUAUUACGUAACUCAUAGUUACUGUGUACGAGUAUUUGUCCAGAGCAGGGAUCACCAAGUUCCUACAGAGUGGAAAAAUAUAAUUGUUCCAUCUCAUACAAAAUCCGUCAUAUUACGUAACUCAUAGUUACUGUGUACGAGUAGGUAUUUGUCCAGAGCAGGGAUCACCAAGUUUCUACAGAGUGGAAAAAUAUAAUUGUUCCAUCUCAUACAAAAUCCGUCAUAUUACGUAACUCAUUGUUACUGUGUACGAAUAUUUGUCCAGAGCAGGGAUCACCAAGUUUAAUUUGGGAUCCAGUUUUUAAAAUAACAUGCCUGUUGCAGUCCAUUUGCUUUAAAUUAUAAGCCCUUAUCUUAUUUCUCCCCAUCUACAUGUUACGUACUAUGUAGUAGGAGGCUUUGGCCGUGGCUAGUUACCACCAUACCGAUAACGUAUCGCCAAACGAUUUAGCGUUCCGGUACGAUGUCGUGUAGAAACCGAAAGGGGUGGAUUUUCAUCCUCCUCCUUCAUUGCGUCAUCACUUACCAGGUGAGAUUGUAAUCAAGGGCUAACUUGUAAAGAAUAAAAUAAAAAAAAUAUACCCUAAAUAUAUAUAAGGUUGUAAAUUAUGUACUUACCUAAUGAAAUAAUAUUUCCAAUAGAAAUUUAGUCUGUGAAGUCUGUCAUACUGUAUAAAUAAUUUGGUGAUCCUUGGUCUAUAUCUAGAGUAUUGACUAUAUUUACGUAUACUUAGUUUGUAAUAUAGUUCGAACCUUAAGUUUCUUGAGAAUAUCCUUUAGACAGGAAGCAUAAUUAUAUCGGUACAAUAUGUGGUACGGAAUACAAUUUUGAGAAGGGUUUUUUCAAGUUUUUGUAUUUACUCUGCUCUUCCUAAAAUAUAUCUUUGCAAAUUUGUAAUAUCACUAGGUUUUUGAGUUAUUAUCUAAAAGAUGAUACUUUAUUUUUUGCUUUUAUUUUUUUGUUACAAAAACUCUUUUCAUAAUUUAUCUUCCAUUGUACUUAUUUUCUCCAGAAACUAAAGUUUUAACUAUAUUAAAUAAAAUAAGUCCUAUACUUAGAGAGGAUAAUAAUUAUAUUUGUCUUUAUAUUGAUAAAUAUUUUAUUUGACGCUAAAUAUAUUUAAUUUAUUCUAUAUUUCUUAGAUUUAGAGUUAGGUAGAUUGAGCUUUAAACCGAUAAAUAUUAACGCCAAUGUAUAAUUUAAUAAUUUUCUAUACGCUUUUCGAAUAUGCGUUCUAGUCUGAUCCUUUAACUUCAGGUAAAGGGAUGCUUUGAAACAUUAAUGCACUACACUGCAACAUUGUAAUGUGCCAUAUUUUUUUUAUUGUAAAUGAACAAUAAAAGUAUUUAUCGUCAUUAAGAGAUACAGUAAAAAUAACAAUUGAUAAAUCAUAAUUAUAUCUUAAUUGCCAUACGUAUUUAAUAUGUAUAGAUUUAAUUUAUUAAUAAUUUUGACUAUACUUAAUUGUAAGUUUGACGUGUUUUAAAUAGUUUUCACAAAUUCUACUCUCAGUUAUCCUAUCUGCAAUAAUGAACCUAACCCUACAUGCAAGUUGCAUUUAGCUAUGAGUUUGUGUUGCAAAUUGAAUGCGAUCCUAUUGAGACAAUUAGCUGUUCUUGUUAUUUUAUUUUUCGUAAUCAAUUUUGUAAAUUUAAUUUACAUAAACCAAGGGUUCGAAGCCAUAAGCAAAUGCUAAAGAACAGCCAAUUAUACAUUUUGAAAGAAUAUAUUUUUUUACAAAAGAAUUUAUGUAUUUUUCUUAAAUGAGAGUAUACUUUGUCCACAUAUACAAACAUACCAUAAAUAUUAUUGGUUAUAUAACAUUACAACCUUAAUCCAUGUAAAAUGUCGUUGUGUCAAUAAGGCAAUAUUAUAUUCAAGUAUUAAAUGAAGAUGUGAACAUUUAAAAUAAAAUGUUCGAAUAUCUGUAUUGAUUAUACUUAAUUGUAAUAAAAAAAAAAUAAAGCGAUUUAACAAAA